UCAGUGACGCGCCUGUUAGCCACCUCAGGGCUCUGCUGAGGCGGCGGCGCUGGGGUGAGGUGGCGGCGGCCGAACCUGGGGACCCGGCGGUGGCCGUGCCCGUCAGGCUAGUGCGGGGAGCGUUGGGGGCGGCCCGCGCCCCGAGGCGGUGGGAGAGCUGUGCGGGAGCCGCCGCCGAGUUGUCGGCCGGGCUCCAGUGCAGGUGCAGGCGGGUGCAGAGGUGCUUCUGGCCCGGCCAAGGUGUGGGCUGAGGUUGAAACUACAACAGUCCUAAACCUGCAGCAAUGGGUAGAACUUACUUUGUUGAGGAAUCUAUUGAGCAGUAUCUUUUAGACCUCACCACAAAAUUAAAGCCUUAUGUCACUGGCCUGUUAAUAGGGCAGUGUUCCCCACAAAGAGACUAUGUGAUUCGGGCUGUUCGAACGCCUCCAAAGGAAGAGCAGAAGGAAGACAACAUCAGUCUUUCAAAACUGGCAUCUAUUGAUGAAGAAUGGAUAACUACGCAUGCCAGUCAGGUUUCUAGAAUGCUUCCUGGAGGCUUAUUAGUUCUUGGUGUAUUUAUUAUUGCAACUCCAGAACUGUCGAAAGAUAGUCAAAGCACUUUACGCAGGAUAAUCUUCUCAGUGGAAAAGUCCUUGACUAAAAGAAGGCUCUGGAAACCUACUGAGGAAGAGGUCUCAGACAGAGCAGCUCUUCAAAUUUGUUCUGCUACAAAAAAUGAUACUUACAUGGAAGUGUGCAAGUAGCAGCAUGUGGGAUCUGCACUAGUGCAGGAGAAGAAUGCUGGAUCUGUUGAUAAUGAGUGAAUACAAGGAGAGAAAGCAAGGCUUUUCCUUAGAGAGAUGAGAGAGACAGGGACAGAUUGCAAAUUGGUGCGUUGGUGAUUCUCCCUGUGAGUACCUAUUGAUCUUAAUGUAUUUGUAAGAGAUGGGACAGCCUCACUAUGGUAGUUGGAGUUUACAGUCAAUUUUUUUUCCACUUUUUUACACUAAUGAAAGGUGAGAUCUUUCUUCAGAGCAUAAAUUAGCUCAACAAAGAAGGACAAAGUAAUUUUUCCUAUGUAAAGGACAAAGUAAUUUUUCUUUAGUAAAUAAAAAAAGUAAGUAAAU